AUGAAGGUUUCCAGAAUGGCUAUGAUGUCAAAGCAUACUGUAUACGAUGAAAUUGUGCUUGAGGGUGUUAACUACAUUAAUAAUAAAUACUUUAAUCGUAUGGCCUUAGAGUGUAUAGUGGAUGAAAAAACUGUUCACAUGCAUACUAAUUUGAUAAUUUGUGAAUCAUUAGUUCUAAUUACUGUCUCCAAGAGCUGUGAACAAGCUUCAGUCAAAUCUAUUUGGGUCUUAGGUUGUCUUUUCAAUGUAAUAAAUCUCAAAGAGCUUAAGCGGGUCACACGAAAGCGAAUCAAAGUAUUUGCAAAAGUAAUGCACGAAAUUUGGCAUAGGUAUAUUCGUGGGCAUAGGUCCAAGAUCAUUUUUUUGUAUUAUCUUUGUCAAAAUUAUAAGUUCGAAGUCCGACAAUCACAAUUGAGGGAAAUAAGCCUGCGCCUUCUUACCACACUUCCUGACGCUUUCUUACCAUAA